CCUCCUCACCGCAGGUGCAGACCCAUUCAAGACGAAUAAAGAUGGCCAGCCGCCUCUCAUGCGGGGUGUCAUGUUUGCAAAUAACUACGAUAUGCGCAAAUUUUCCGAGCUUUUUGAGAUGUUGCAGCGUUCCGUUCUACACGUGGAUAAUUUUGGUCGAACCAUCUUUCACCAUGUCAUUGACCUAGCUCUAACGAAGCAGAAGACGCAUGCGGCUCGAUAUUACUUGGAAACUUUGAUCACUCGCAUGGAGCGUUUCGCGCAGGACCUAUCAGAUCUGCUCAAUUUGCAAGAUCUAGAGGGAGACACACCUCUCACCCUUGCGGCCCGUGCCCGUAGCAAACGUCUGGUGAAGAUGCUGAUUGAUCACGGUGCCAAUCCGAAAGUUCCAAACAACGAUGGCAAGUCUGCGGAAGACUAUAUUCUGGAAGAUGAGCGCUUCCGAGCGUCGCCCCCGAUCAACUACAAACCCAUCACGACGGCUUCUACCCCUCUUCAGUUAUAUUAUUCACGUACCGCACAGAAAGUUGCUGGAGAUGUGACCCGUGAAAUGGCGUCAUUGUUGGAAAGUCUCGCGGCAACGUACGAAGGCGACAUGCAAGAGAAGGAAAGGGAUCUGAUACAAGCUACUUCUCUGCUACAAAACAUACAAGCCGAAAUUCUUGAGAGUCAACGAGCGGUUGCGCAGCUCAAAGAGAGGGCCGAAGGUUUUGACAACGUGCAGCAACAACUCUCGGAGCUUGAGGGACGACUAUCCCGCAAUAUGGGACGUCAAUACCGUCUAGGUUUCGAAAAAUGGAUGAAGGACGAGGAAGAUCGAGAAAAGGCGUGGCUGUCGUCCCCUGACGGUAUGCGGUAUCGCCUCGGGAUGAGCAGCAGUCAGGCCAAGGGUAAAGGCAAGGCAGAGUCAGAAGAAUUCAGUGAUCUGCAUGCGUUGCACACCUUGCCCACGGAUUCAGCCGAAAUACAACGCGAGUGUGAAGCAUUACGAGAGGAGCUCAGGAGUUACCGAACCCGUCGGGAAGCAGCGAUGCAAGGCUUCGUACAACAGUUGGCUGAGGCCGGAACGGGUGGUAGGAUGGCUGAAUAUCGGCGCCUAAUUGGAGGAUCGCUGGGUAUCCCACCUGAUGAGGUGGACGGUUUAGUGGAUUCCUUACUGGAGGAUCUGGAGACAGAAGAGCCCGUGGUCCCCGCAUUUCCGGAGCUGACAGGAAUUCCGAGUCAAUAAUGAAAGAGCGGAGUAAUAUGUUGUACUUUACCACGUUCCCACACCCCGCACCACCACCCAAUACGCUUAAUUCUCCCGCCUCUGGAGAAUCAUCACAGCCGCGAUUGAGGACUGCGACGGGCGCUCCGCCAACUCCCGAGGAUGACGCACCAUAUUUCUUCUUCACAUUCGACAGUGACCUCGUGUACUUAUCUUUUUUCGAAGAUUGGGGCCCGUUAAAUUUAGCCAUGGUGUAUCGAGCAUGUAUUCAGAUACAUGAUUAUCUUCAGGACGAGCUGCUAGCUGCGCACCGCCUUGUUCUGUACACCUCGACAGACCCACGUCGGAAAGCAAAUGCUGCACUUCUUAUGGCGCUCUAUGUGAUGAUUGUGCAAAAGAAAGCACCAUGGGAAGCCUUCCAUCCCAUUGCGGAGAUGGAGUUCAUGCCUUUUCGCGAUGCGGGCCGUGGUAGAUCCGACUUCAAUCUUAGUAUUCAAGAUUGUCUCUGGGGAAUCUGGAAAGCUCAGCAGAAUGGACUUUGCGAUUUGCAUAGCUUUUCCGUCCAAGAAUAUGAGUAUUACGAAAAAGUAGAGAACGGGGACUGGAACUGGAUCACACCCCACUUCAUUGCUUUUGCAUCACCGCUGGAUCCGGCUUAUGUACGACGCAAUAUGGCAACAACACUUGCAGGAUCAUGUAGACACUCUGAUGUGGCGCUGCAGAGGAAACUUCCGACCCCGUUCUUGAACUGCUUGGAGUACUUUGGAAAGCAUCGCGUGAAGAUGGUUGUUCGGCUGAACAACCCUCUAUAUGACAAGACAGUUUUCGAAGAGCACGGGAUCGAUCAUCUGGAACUAUAUUUUGAUGACGGCACAAACCCAACGGACGACAUCGUAGCCAAAUUUAUACAGAUAUCGGAGAGCAUCAUCGAGGCUGGAGGGGUUGUAGCUGUUCAUUGCAAAGCUGGCCUAGGUCGCACAGGUACAUUGAUUGGAGCCUAUCUUAUCUACAAGCACGCAUUCACCGCUAAUGAGGCAAUUGCGUUCAUGCGCAUUGUUCGACCAGGCAGUGUUGUUGGACCUCAGCAACAAUAUAUGUAUCUAAAGCAGCUGGACUGGUCUCGCUGGGCGGCGUAUGAUGAGGUGGCCAAGGCGCGAGCAUCAUCUGCAAGUGAAACGCGACCUGUGACCCCGCCCGAGAUGGAUAAGCCACUACCUCUUGCACCCCCUGUCACCCCCUCUCGGCAUGUCUUGGCUGGCACUUCUGCGACGGCCUCCAAAGCUCCGCCGGGACAACCGCGAAAAACACCCACGGCAAAGCGAGUAGCCGUCGAUCCCGUCGAUUCCGACGACGAACCGUGUUUCCUUAAUCGUCGUCGGCCACCCACAAAACACGCUCGCACCGAAUCGGCUGCAUGUGUGCGGGCCCCUUCUCGCUUGGCCCGUCCUGUGACAAGAGUAGCUGUACCAAACACCACGAGGAAGCUUGCAUCAGCAACGACCGUUAAACCGUUACCAUAUAAACCCGGUCACGUGCCAGGGGCCUCUUCAAUAGACGUCCCCUCUGGCUCGGCGGCACAACGUGAUGUGCGGCGACGUGCCGAGUCGCCUUCGCCCUCGCCUUCCCGCCUCCCUCAACUUGUGGUGGGUAAGAAGAUCGCACCUCUGGCCGCCCAACAAAUCGGAUUCCCAAACAAAGGGCGAAAUAAAUUGGAGAAUGAGAACACCUGGGUUGCCGCGGCUGCAACGAACCAUGAGCGUUCCAAGCUCGGGCGUCCACUUCUGCGUGGCAUGCGGAGAAGGAGAAGUAGUUUCAGUGCUGCUGACGUUGUUGCCUGAAGGGCUAUUUUGGAUAUGUGGGUUACAUCUACAAUGUAUUCUCUUUGAACAUAAUAAACCUUCUCAGUUCUCACGAAACACGGGUUAUUGUAUCAUACUACUUCAUCCCCCUGUCUAGAAUAUUUGUGAACGCAGGACAAGAAGUGGCCCAUAUCCUCUGUACUGACGCCGGGCGUGAUGCCAUGCCCCAAAUUUGCGAUCCAUCCCUUGGGCCCAUCGGUGGUGUUUGAACGGAAGCUGGCACACAUCCGCUUCACUUCCCUCUGAAUUGCCUCCUUCCCGCCGUAAAGGAUAUCUGGAUCGAUGUUGCCUUGCAGCGCCACCGAAUCCCCAACCAGAUGGCGGGCAACAAGGGGGUCAAUGCACCAGUCGAGACCCAGAACGUCAUAUCCACCAGUGAUAGCCAGUUCCUCCAACGCAUAGUUUGCCCCCUUGGCGAACAGAAUCAUGGGAACCGGCUCCAUCCCCACCUCACUCAAUCCAGAUUUCACGCGAUGAGCGAUUAUGCAGAGAUAUGGAAGCGAGAAUUCUUGGAAGUCAUGCGGCGACAACUCGCUUGCCCAGGAAUCGAACACUUGAACCAGCUGUGCGCCCGCGCGAACUUGACCGAUGAGGAAAUCGACACAGAUGGUAGUUAUGCGAGAAAGAAGUUCUUUUGAGGCAGUCGGAUACUGAAAUAUCCACCUUUUCGCUGAAUGGAAUCCUCCUCGACUUCCCCCACCUUGGAUCAUAUAGGCCAUGAGGGUCCAGGGCGAUCCACAAAAGCCGAUCAAGGGUACUUCCCCUUUCAGCUCCUUUCUUGUCAUCGUUAUAGCAUCGAAUACAUAGCCUAGCUCCUGAUCCACGUUGACGGGAUGCUUCAGUCGCGAUAAAUCCUCUGGGUCGGCUAAAGGAUGCGGAAAGGUGGGACCUUUGCCUUCUGGCAUUUCUACGAUCAUGCCCAUCGCUUGAGGAAUGACGAGAAUGUCGCUAAAAAUGAUAGCAGCAUCUAGUAAUCCUGCGUAUCGACGUAUUGGCUGGAGAGUGAUUUCGGUUGCAAGAGCUGGUGUUUGACAAAUGUCGAAGAAAGCGUGCUUCUCACGCACUUUGCGGAAUUCAGGAAGGUAGCGUCCCGCUUGGCGCAUGACCCACACAGGUGCACGCUCCGUGCGCUCGCCUGGUGUCAGGUUGAAUAACUGAGCUAUUGGUUCUGAUAUCUACGAGGAAAGAUCGAACCUCGAGCGGCACGCAGUAUGAGAUCAUUUUUCAGCGGAGGAAAAUCGUUGCCAGUUAAGGACUGGGCUGUUGCUUCG